AUGGUAACUUGCGAUUACAAGAUUGUAAGAUGAUUAAAAUUAUGUUCUGUACAGUUUUUUUUAAAAAAAAAACAGGUCAAGCUUUAACGUUACAACAUUAACGAUGACCAACAGAAAUAAGUUGGUUAUUUUUCCAAUAGUGUUAGUUGUUGUUGUUGUUGUUGCUGUUAUUGUCGGAGUUGUGGUGCAUCGGAAUAAAUUUUCUGAUGAAGAUGAUGUCGAGAAUACCAUUGUAAAUGAUUUAAUCGUUCAAACUGAAUGCGGACCUGUGCUUGGAAUAAAAGAAAACACUUUUGUUUUUACUGCGAACAAAAACGUUACAACGUUUGUUUAUAAAGGUAUUCCUUACGCCAAACCUCCUGUUCGUGAGUUGAGAUGGCGUCCACCAGUUCGACUAAGCGAUGACAGGACGAAUUGUUGGAAUGGUACGCUCAUUGCAAACACUACUGGAAGUAAAUGUGUACAAACUGAUGGGGGAAAUAUUGUAGGCUCUGAAGAUUGCUUGUUCUUGAAUGUUCACACGCCAGAUGUAAAUGGAAAACUUCCUGUGUUUGUGUGGAUACAUGGUGGAUCCCUAAUGACUGGUGAAGGGGAUGAUUUUGGUUAUUCGCCAGACAGUGAGUUCGUUGCAUCGAUGAAUGUUGUGUCUGUCAGUAUGAAUUAUCGCUUAAAUGCUUUUGGAUUUUUGACUCUCAAGGAGUUAAGGAGAAAUGGCAUUAAUGGAAAUUAUGGCCUGAUGGAUCAAAUACUAGUACUGAGGUGGAUUCAAAGUAACAUUAAAAACUUUGGAGGUGACCGUAACUCUGUUACUCUCUGUGGGGAAAGUUCUGGUGGUACGUCUAUAAUCGGUUUGCUUGCGUCUCCAUUAGCUGAUGGCUUGUUUCACAAAGCAAUACCAAUGAGUGGAUCUCCAAAUUUUGAGAAAUCCUACAUCGAAGCAGAAAUCGACAAUCGCAUCUUUAUAAACAAAACAAAAUGCAAUGGGACUUCACCAGAUAAGAUGCGUAUGUGUUUGUACAGCUUGACUGCACGGGAAGUAUCUUUGGCUGUUCCAGGAAAGGUAUAUCCAAAUUGGGAAGGUGUUGGCUAUUUUGAUUUUCCAAAAAAAGGUUCUUUAAGCGGCGCCAUUGUUGUAAUUGAUGAAAAUGUAAUUCCCAAACCGCCAAAAAAGUUAUCAGAAAUCAGUUUUAAUAGUAAAACAAAAGUGUCAGUGUUAAUGGGGUAUACUGCUCAAGAAAUUGGUAUUCACCCAGGUAAAAGGUUUACAGGUGACAAUAGCUCAUUGGAAUUUAAGCAUUUUCUUAAAGGUCGUUUGGACAGUUUCUCACCACUCUUUAUGAAUCAAGUAUGGGAUGACUUGUAUAAAAACCAAACUAAGAACUUAUCAAAACCAGCUUCAGUGCAGCUUUUAUAUGAAACUAUGUCAACAGAUGCUAGAGUUAGCUGUCCGACAAAUAAAAUGAUCAGCGACUUCCAAAAAAGCAACCACCAUACUGUCUACCGGUACGUCGUGACCAAUGCACCAUCGACACCUAUCAUUGUAUCACCAGCAAUUCACUGGUCCAAUUCUUUUCACGCAUGGGAUAGCUUUGCGUUGUUUGGCUAUAAGAGUGUUAUUUUUUUAAUGGGGCAUGCAAUAGGUGGUAGUGACAUAAAAUUUAUGGAAUCACUUCGCACAACGGUAUUGAAAUUUAUGCAAGAAGGUUCCGUAGAUUGGAAAAUCACACAAACAGGUGUUUUCAAUCAAAAUGGCGGCAUUGAUGUGCUAGACAAACUUUACCAACAAAAACAAUGCGAAUUUUGGAACAAGGAAGAGAACGAUUUUGUCCCUUAUGCUUGGAUUAACUAAAUUUACAUUUGUCCUUUAUAGACGCUUCUUGGACCUUUUGUGUUUGUUGUUACUACAAGUUUAAAAUAAUAUUUUCACCCGAAAAGUUUUUUCAAAGGAGUUGUAACAGAUUUUGCAAAAACUACGGCUGGAGCAAGCCUUUAAUCUCUCUUUUAUGCAACAAAGUAGCAAUUAAUGAAAAUUUUCCUUCUAUUUAUAUUUAUAUAAUCUCACUACUCACUACUAGAAUAAUGUGCACUAAACAAGUAUUCACGUCACGUUUUUUACAUACUUUACAAUAAAAAAUCCUAUCGUAUCUGCAUGACAUUGUGUAGCAUAUUCGCCAGUAGGCACUUCUAAAGAAUGUGUUGCAUUUGUAUAAAUAUGAUCAAAUCUCUGUACCCUCUCACAAUCUCUUUCAUCCAAACCAAAAUUGCUUAACCCAGGGUUUCCAAAGCACGGAGACUGAAAUGUAUAAAGAUAGCACAAGUGGUCAAAUAAAGAAGAAAUAGAAAACAAAAUCGCUCCACAUAAAAUACGCCACUAUUAACUUAAAAUCUACUAACAACUUUCACAACGAGUGAAAAAACGUAAAAGGAUAGAAAACGGGCCGAAAAUUCUCGUUAAAGAUGUCCCGUUAGCAAAAUUUCGUCUUUUUUUUGCACAUUGUAAUAUUUAUAUGGGAUGGAAAGCGUAAUUUAUCCUUCCAAGAUUUGUAAUUUGCAAGUUUUAAUAUUUCUUUAAAAAAAAUGUGUA